AUGAAGAUAAUGAAGGAAGUCCAUGUCUUUAUCAAACAGCUGCAGUGUUUGAUCACAAUGAACACACUGUUGUUGUUGGCAUAUGUAAUGACGAUAUUCAGUUGCAAGUGAUGAGAAUCAAACCAUUGACUGUAGAGAACGAUGUAUCAAAUGGAAUUGGAGACUCCAUUGAUAAAGCAAUAGAAAAAUUGACAGAAACAUUCAUUGGCACUAAGAUAUUCCUCAGAGGAUUCAAAUGUCAAAAUAUUAUUUGUGAUGAGAGAGAUCUAUCUUUCACCCUUGCAAGUGAGCUGUCCAAAAUCAAGACGAAAGAAAUUCAGUGCAAGUGUCAACUUCAGGAGAAACAUGUGAUUAAUAUACAGAUGACUUUGGGAUACUGGGAAAAGAAUCUUUUAAAAGAUACAGAAGCACACAAAAGUUUAUCACUGACAUCUAUUGACAGACUUGAUGCAGGAGAUUCAGCCUCAGGAAAGUUUCAAAAGCCAAUUGAUAACUCUCAGCGGAGUAAAGAACCAGAAACCUUAUUCUGUGGAGAAUGGCAUAAAAGUGUUGGUCAUUUGGUGUUUAGUGAUGGGACAGGUGGUACCGCAUUCAGGGUUGGAAGUCGUUAUCUGAUGACAGCAUUUCAUGUGAUAAGAAAAACUUAUGAAAUGUACAUCGAUAAUAUCGUAGAAAACGCCCAGUCUGAUCCACAUCGCAGCAUUAAUUAUUCAAGGUUUUUGCAAAAACUGCAAGUAGGGGAAUCCGGGAGAGAUAUUGAAGAGAAAUUAAAAAAUGGGGUCCAUGAAUGGCUGAAAAAGACUAGUUAUCAAUUACUGCUCACCGACCUACUCAGUGUUUUGGGGGAGACAGGAUUUUCAUGUGCCAAAGAGAAGUCCAUGAAAUUCAUCGAGGACAACCCUAUUUAUGUAUAUUUUGGUCGCACAAGAGAACACGUUAAAUAUGAACCCUAUCGUUUGAAAUAUGACAUUCCAUUCUACAGCAAACAGGAAGAAGAUGACGUUGCUUUAUUAGAAAUUAAUUGGACAGAUUUACCAAAGCCAUUUAUUUUGGACAUGUCUCGCAAGCGACCAGAAAAUGUUACCAUUAUUGGUCACCCAACCUCUCAUGGCAAUGAACAGAUAAUUGACAGAACAUGUCCGUUGAUUUCGGAAUGUGAUGCCUUUCAAACUCACUGUAAAGCACUUUCAUGGUGGAAGAGGAACUAUCCUAAUUUUGACCAUAAACAAGUUAAAAAUGAUUAUGAUUCUAUGUUCAAGAAGGAAAAGGUACUGUUCCAUUGCUCAGAAUCUACAACUCAUGGUGCUUCUGGUGGCCCUGGGAUCAUUGGUUUAGACGUAGGCUCGCCAAAAGUGCAUUUAAUGCUCCAAGAAGGAAUCCCAGGCUUGGUACAUAAUGUGGAUGAUGCAUCUAUGAAAGAGAUAUUGAGGACUUGCCCUAAAGAAUGCCUUGUUGAGAGUGGGAUCAGCAUGUCCAGAGUAUAUGAACUUUUAAGCAGUAUACCACAAUUGAAAGAGUUGCGAGAUAACAUUUUUCACACUUAAAUAUGGCUGUGUUUAUGCUUUUAUUUAAUCUACGAAAUAACUAUUGAUAAAUAAUGAUAAUGUAUCAUUGUCAGAAUCAGGAAACAAGAAUGAAUAAUCGGUGAAUAUGUCUAAUUCUAAAUCGGAGAAAGAGUGGCGCUUUACAAAAUAAAAUAAUAAUUUAACAGUAGUUAUCGGGACAAAAUGCGUUCACUUUAUAAUUGCAUCACGGCUUAAAUUACUGAAAUAAAUGUUAAAGACACUUGAAAUAACUGAAGCAAGUUUUAGAAUUGUACAAAAAUGACUUGAAAUCAAUUAAUGCCCUGUUCACAUGGAGAGUUAAAUUCGCAGUAAAUAAAUGCGAAGUAAACUAAUGUGAAUUAAAUUGCGUUCACACGACAGCUAAUGCGAUGUAAACUUAUGAGAAUGAAAUUUUAUUUCUACAAAAAAGCCGGCUGUUUUUAGUAAGGCUAUUUUGACAUCAUUUGUAAAUCACGUCAUCAUGUAUGCAGGGCUAUCAAAUUGAUAUCAUAAUCAUAGUGGCUACUAUUAGUUAUGUGUGUCUACAUAAUGAAUUUAUC